UGCCACGAAACUCCCUAAAUUGGUAACACGAUCACCUGUGAUGCCUCAUAAAACGCUAAUCUCGCUAAUUCGCAAUUUAAUUGUUGUUUAUAUUCUAACUCGCAUAACAUAAUAACAAUGUAAUUACGCAAAUUGAGCAAAGUUACGUGUGAACUAACUGUGUAAAACUCGUGUCAAGCGACACACCUAACCGAUCUAUUUCUGAUCAGUUUGACUAAAAUAUCUCACGUGUGAUUGAAUUCCGCCUCUUCGUAACUCAGUAAAAGUCAACAAAGGCCACCGUGAAGUUACAAUUAAUUUUUUGAGUGAAGACCUUUAAGACGAAACCUAACCUCAAUUUUGACAAGUCCCGUGAUUUCGUCCCCAGAAUGUCGUCAAGCAGCGAAACCGCUAUGGAAGUGUCCUCGAAGAAGUACUACAGACAUGCACGUCAAAGGAUUUUCGUCAAUCGAAGUUUGCACUUGGAAAACAUCAAAUUCUACGGUUUUGACAUGGACUACACCCUCGCCGAGUACAAGUCACCCGAAUACGAAAAACUCGGCUUUGACCUCGUUAAAGAACGUAUGGUGUCGAUCGGUUACCCACAGGAAAUUCUCGAAUUCGAAUAUGACCCGACUUUUGCCGUUCGUGGUUUAUGGUUUGACGCUCAAUAUGGCAACUUARUYAAAGUCGACGCUUAUGGAAAUAUUUUAGUGUGCGUGCACGGCUUCGAAUUUAUUAAACACUCACAAGUAUACGAGCUGUAUCCAAAUAAGUUUCUUCCAUUGGAUGAAUCAAGAGUAUACGUUUUAAACACGCUUUUUAAUCUACCGGAAACUUAUCUUCUAGCUUGUCUUGUCGAUUUUUUCACAAAUUCGCCACAAUACACCAAGACGCAAACCGGGGUCAAGUUUGGGGAUUUGUACAUGUCGUUCAAGUCGAUUUUCCAGGACGUCCGCAAUGCCGUCGAUUGGGUGCACCUCCAGGGUGAUUUGAAGCAAAAAACAAUCGAGAAUCUCGAAAAAUAUGUGAAAAAAGAUGAACGUCUUCCCAUGUUUCUCACUCGUUUGAGAGAGAGCGGCGCAAAGACCUUCCUUCUCACCAACAGCGAUUACAACUUUACCGACAACAUCAUGACCUACUUGUUCGACUUCCCGCACGGGUCGAAGCCCGAGGACCCUCACCGCAACUGGAAGACCUACUUCGACACCAUCGUCGUGGACGCCCGCAAGCCCCUUUUCUUCGGCGAGGGGACGAUUCUGCGGCAAGUGGACACCGCCACGGGGGCCCUCCGGGUGGGCAUCCACACGGGGCCUUUCCAGAAGGAGCACGUGUACUCAGGCGGGUCAUGUGACGUCUUCACGAAGCUCAUCGGGGCCAAGGGCAAAGACGUGCUAUAUGUCGGCGACCACAUUUUUGGGGAUAUUUUGAAAAGUAAGAAGAUUCGAGGUUGGCGAACCUUCCUCAUCGUCCCCGAAUUGGUGAGGGAGUUGCAUGUGUGGACCGACAAGUGUCAAUAUUUCGACGAGUUGCAAAUGUUAGAUGUGAAGUUAGGCGAGAUGUAUAAGAAUCUAGACAGUAGCACGAAGGAGAAACCGGACAUUUCGAAACUGAGGGCUGCCAUACGUGACGUCACGCAUAAAAUGGACAUGUCCUAUGGCAUGAUAGGGAGUCUCUUCAGGUCAGGGUCGCGACAAACAUUCUUCUCGUCACAGGUGGUGAGAUACGCCGAUUUGUAUGCUGCUACGCAUCUGAAUCUCCUCUACUACCCUUUUUCGUACAUGUUUCGGGCCCCCGCAAUGCUCCUGCCCCACGAGUCGACCGUGGCUCACGAGCAGCGCUUCGUUUUGGAGUCGCGAGACCGCGAAAACGAGGCACGGAAGCCCCCCAAAGUCCUCGAAAGGACUCACAGCCAAAUACCGCACGUGCGCCCCGAAACCCCCCUAAGUGUGACCCACAACCACGACGAGGACUUCUCCGAUGAGGACAGCGAUGACAAAAAUUCUGCCAAAAAUGACGAAAAAGUACAAUAAAAUGCACAUUUUUUUUAGCGAUUUGCUCAUUUUUUACGUUGUUUAUUAUGAGAUUUUAUAUCUGUAGUGUUAUAUAACCUGUUUUUUUAUUCUAGUAAGUUAUUUGUAUAGUUUUGUGUUUAUUUAUUGUGCUUUGGUCACAAAUACAAAUAAAAACAAUAAAAAAGC